CUUGUUUUCUUCCCCGCCGGGUGGCAGUUGAUGCAGAACUACUUCCGGGUUGGCGGAUGACCUUGAUCCCUCCGAGGCAGGAUGGCUGUUCUGUCACGGCUGAGCGUCCUUUGCGGUGCCCAGGGACGCCGAGCUCUGUUCCUCCGAGCACCAGUGGUCAGACCUGCUUAUGUCUCAGCAUUUCUGCAGGACCAACCUACCCCAGGAUCCCCAGGAUGGUGUGGCACACGGCACAUUCACCUGUCACCAAGCCGCCAUGCAGGUUUCAAGGCUGCAACUCUCCAUUGGACUGGUGAGAAGGUUGUUGCCUGUUUACUCUUGGGCUUAUUGCCAACUGCUUAUUUUAAUCCUUGCUCUGCGGUGGACUACUCCCUGGCUGCAGUCCUCUCUCUCCAUAGUCACUGGGGCCUUGGACAAGUUGUUACUGACUAUGUUCACGGGGAUACGCUGCAGAAAGCUGCCAAGGCGGGCCUUUGGGUGCUCUCAGCUUUAACCUUUGCUGGGCUUUGUUAUUUCAACUAUCAUGAUGUGGGCAUCACCAGAGCCGUUGCCAUGUUGUGGAAGCUCUGACCAUUUUGACUUAAUACCUUUAGUGAUUGUACGCCUCUCUGCCUCUGCUCUGUGUACUGUUCAGCUCCCAAUAAAGAGAAUAUAACAGAUAUGUCCAUUGGUGGAUAAACCUCCUAAUCACAUGAUUACUUGGAGAAUUUAAUUGUUGAGGAAUUCUAUCCAAGGAAUUGUGAAACUGAGUUCUGUAUUCGGGUGAGUUAAUGGGUAGGACUUACAAUAUAACUAAACGUUACAUAUGAGCUUCUUUUUUUUUUUUUUGCCUUU